AUGUGUUAUCAAAUCGUCGAGCUCUACUCUGCUUGCCGCUGCCUGUACUACCAGCACGCCAUCGACAGGUGCGCUGGAUAUGGGCGCCCAGGACACAGCAUCCAGAAGAGAACGAUCUUGGUCGGAUACGCCUGUAACGCACACUCUCAAGGCCACGGACAAUACGCCUCACAAUACACAUACUCCGACUCUGGCUACCAAUCCAGCCACUACCGAUGA